UCAUUUGUAUUUUACAUCUGAAAUGAAGUGGUUUAGCUUUCAGCUCCCUUUUCUGUUAUUUCUUUAUUUUUCACAAGUUAUUUGUUUUGAAAAGUUAGAGAACCAUGAAGACUCCAUUAUAUACAGCACUUCCGUCAUGAGUAUGGUUAAAAUUUUAGAAUUGGAAGAGUCUUUAAAAACGAAUCUGGAAGUAUACGUUAAUGAAAUGCAACACAAACUGGAUCUCAUUAAAGUGUUUCAAGAAUCAAUUAAGCGAGACAAGUUUAAGACUCUGGAAGAAAAGGAAGAAUAUAUGGGAAAUCCUUUAAACUCUUAUCCCAUGCUAAGGCGUCUAAAUCAGGACUGGCCAAAAUGGCUCAGAUACCUCAAACUGGGUAUAUCUUCCAAAAACAUCAAAGAAAUGGAAUCUUUACUUCAGUCUUCCCCAAGCAAUGAAGAUCUUCAGGUGGCUCUCAAAGGAAUGUCGCGUAUAGAACAAUUCUACAACCAACAUGCUGAGGACUUAACCAAGGGUUUUCUCUUGGGAAAGAAAUUUGAUUCCCAACUGAAUUCCCCGGACUGUGUGGCUUUAGGAGACUUUUAUUAUAACCAAACCCAAUACUCGGAUUCAACGCACUGGUAUCGCAUGGCAUUACGACUUCAUAAGUUCACCGAAGGAAAGAUAUACGAAAAAGUUUUGCAUUUAAAAAGAAAAAGAAUCUACAAAAAAUAUGCCAAAGCCAUGGUACAAGAAACCCUAAAAUUAGACAAAAAGAAAGCCAUUGCCAAAAAUAUUCCAGAACUUGAAGCUAUGGCCAAGCAGGUGGCAAGAGAAGACAACUAUCAGAACAUUAAAAGGACAAUCGAUGAACUAUUAACUGGAAAAGAGCGAAUAUUCCAAGAGGAAGCUGCCAGAAAUAAGCGUAAGCCUUCAAAUUUGGAACUAGGCUGCCGAGGAAAGUGGCCCAAGAAGCCAUCACCAACACUAACAUGCAGAUAUGUUAGGGAAACCCAUGAUUUCUUGAAACUAGCACCAUUGAAAAUGGAGUUUUUAAACAUGCAACCCUUGAUAGUUCUUUACCACGAUGUCCUUUACGAAGGCGAGUUCAAAUCGAUGCGGGAUAUAGCCAUCUUUAAUGCCACCAUGGGGGAUGGGUGGACUUAUGUGGAUUUUGACAAAAAAGGAAAGCCAAAGCGACAGGAUCGAGUGGUGAAAAUGAUCACUUUUCAGGGAACCACGGCAGAGUUUACACUUAGAAUCAAUAGACGGAUCGCGGAUAUGACUGGGCUGGAGAUGAACGAAAAUAUGGCUCUACAUUUGACCAAUUACGGGUUGGGGGGACAUUUUGGUAAGCAUGUUGACUAUGUUGAGUUGGCCAAACGUCCGCCUAAUUUCUUUGGGGAUUUAGGAGGCGAUCGAAUCGCCACAGCUCUUUUGUAUGCUAGUGAUGUUCCUUUGGGCGGCACCACCGUCUUCACCAAAUUAAAAUUAUCCAUUGAACCGAAGAAGGGAAGUGCACUAAUCUGGUUCAACUUGAACAAUGCCGGAGAUCCUGAUCCGAUGAGCGAGCACUCCGCCUGCCCCGUAGUCCUGGGCUCUCGAUGGACCAUUUCAAAGUGGAUACACGAACGCCAGCAACUGUUCAAGAAGCCCUGCUUUGCCUAGUACAAUGUAGAAUGUAUCACUCUAUUAGAGCCUCCAUUAGGAGGGGGCAUCUCUAAAUAAAUAGCCAUCGCCCGAGGCGAGGACAAUGUCGA